AUGGGUUACACCGAGGAUCUGCGGCGUCAGCGGUGGAAUUACGGGCUAACCUUUGACCGUAGUAUGACGAGCCUCACGAUGAUGUGGCUGGGUGACGAUUUGAUCAAACGAGACUUUGAUUGUCCCUUCUGGAAUUCAGAGAGUCUUGCGCAGGAACACAAUAAGAGUCACGUUCUUUGGAUGUUGGUUGGUUUAGAUAACGAAGGUCAGCGGCGCAACACUGUCUUCCCUGUCGUGGCAAAGCCGACUGCUAGUCUGACGGUCGACACAGCUCGCCAGAUCCCAAACCCUAGCAUUCGGAAACGGCUUGGGGGCACACUCUUUCUCAUGAUUGCCAAACAAAUCACCGGGGCCUUUGGGGGCGGAAUCCCCAACCCAACCCAACCGCCGGACCACUCACUCCAUGAAUCCACGUCUCCGGAGCGGCUGCUCCACUUCGCGCCGGGAGCUCGGGGGCCUGUAAGCCUGCAAAGCCACCACGGAUACCAAGGUACUUUGACAGGACCCCUCCCUUGCUGUGCUACUGUUCCUGGAACAUGGCGGUGUCUGUCAGGUAUCACAAUAGGAUCAGCCCCUGUGGUCAGAUUGAUGAUCUUAUUCAAAACCAUCUCUACCAAAGUUCGCGGGAAAACUCACCUUUUUCCGGUUGCCGUCCACCAGCACCUCAAAUCCAACGAGUAUCACCGUUCUAUUUCGCCAGCUUCUCUUUCAUGCUUCGAAGUAAUCGGCCUCAGCACUAUUCACCUCAAUAUCCGACCACGAAACAUCAACAUCAUGACGAGACUCAGCGACGCGAUCAAGGAUGACCAUCGGAAGAUCGAGCAGGCAUAUCGAUAUAUCCUCACAUCAACCACUCUAGAAGACAAAGUCCGAUGGAGGAGUGAGCUCAGCCUCGAACUGGCAAGGCAUUGCAUCAGCGAGGAACAAGUCCUCCUUCCAAUCCUCACAGAUCGACUGGCCGAUGGCGAGUCUCGUAGCGCCAGGAAUCACACGGACCGCGAAAGCUUGAAGGAAAAGAUUUGCCGCCUCCAAGCGAUUCCAGUCGACGAUGACAGCUUCGAAACCGAGUUAAGGGCUCUCUGGGUAGACCUGGCAGCCCACGUCCGCGAUACCGACAACCAGGACGUGGCCCGGUUGGAAGAGUGCCUCACCAUGACCGAGUCUGAGGAGCUUGCGAGGCAGUUUCGGCUCACGAUGUCCUUGGCUCCGACGCGGAGUAACCCCUCGCCUGAUCGCGGUCCGCCGUCUCAGCAGAUCACAGACUUCCUCGCCACCAAAACUGGGCCUUGA